AUGCCAAUAGUUAAAUGUAAUAAACAAGCCAUCAGGCAAUUCGUAAAUCACGUAAGAACAUACAUUAAGGCAUUAGCCACAUUGAAACUGCCCGUAGAUAAAUGGGAUGCAGUCCUAAUAUUUGUAGCAGCAAACAAGUUGGAUUAUUACACACACAAGGAAUGGGAAACCCAUAUUAGUUCCAAAGGACAAAACGAAUUGCCGAAGAUCGACGAGCUGCUUGAGUUCCUGACAGGAAGGUACCAUAUGCUUGAAAUGGUAGAAAAGGAAAAAUCAGGCACUGAAGCACGUAAACAUAGUGAGAAAAGGUCCAAAAAAUCGCUGUUAUUAGCUUCUACUAGUAACAAUGGAUGUGAAUACUGUACAAGUCACCACCAUAUAUUUAGCUGUGAAAAACUAUUGAAGCUACCGAUACUAUCGCGUAUCAAGGAAAUAAGGAGCUUGAAGCUUUGCUUGAACUGUUUGCGGAAAGGUCAUUGGAGUAAGGAAUGUAGAUCUUCCGGCUGUAAGAUUUGCCAAGCCAAGCAUAACUCACUCCUCCAUGUAGACAAUCAGAAGGAAAACGAAGAAACAAGUAAGGACAAUGCAAAUAAUAGUCUCCACUCAUUGUGCAAAAAAGUCGCAUCAUGUAUUGUUGUCAACGGCGCUGGUAUAUGUUUUUGA